GCAAGCAGCAGCGGCAUCAUGGAAGCGGAUGCGUCCAAGUAUACAGUGUGCAGCACAGGACUGACCACCGAAGAAAUCAUCGUGUCCAAGUCCAUUGUGGCGCAACUUGGCAUGCGCUGGGACGACGACCUGCACGACGGCGUCACACACCUCUUGGCGGUGGUGGUCGGGUCGGCAAAGUACAAAGCAGCCAAGGCAGCCAAGAUGAAAGUCGUCAAGCUGGAUUGGCUCAAAGAGUGUUCCCGAGCGGCCAAGGUCCUACCCACGGACCAAUACGAGUUGGGACCGCUGGAAGGCUUGUGCAUUUGCACGACAGGCUUGUACGUCGAAGAUCGAGAAAAGGUGCAAGAGCUAUGUGAAGCUGCUGGAGGCAUCUACCACCCAGAUCUCAACUUCGGCACGACCACGCACUUGCUCGCAGAAGAGCCCGAAGGCGCCAAGUACAACACCGCCAUUGCAUACGGCAUUCCUGUCGUCACAUUAGAUUGGAUUGUUGCGUGCGUCCAGGCCAAAGAGUACAAGGACGAAGACGCAUAUCGGGUGCAGGAGCACCCAGUCGAGAUGGGGCCCAACGUUGGCGUGAUGGACGAUGGGACCUUGCCAUGCCUCAAGUUGAACGACCAGCUGCAGCAGUGCUUGACCAUUUUGGAUGGGGAGCCGCCAGGGUGUUUUCUCGACGGGUGUGUUUUUUGGCUCACAGGAUUUCCUCCCGACGUCACGACCAAGCUCAAGGCCCUCAUUCGAUUUGGAAUGGGCACUCGCUACGACACGUACAACACAACUGUCACGCAUAUCGUGGCCGACUUUAUGGGGUCGUGCCGGCAACUCCAAGAUUCGCAUGGCAACAUGGACGUUGUGGCGGCGACGUGGCUCAUCAAUAGCUGUCUGGCAGGGUCGUGUUUGCCAGAAGACCAAUAUCCGCCGCCGCACAUCAAAACCGACUACACCGUCGCGCUGCACAAACCAGGGACAGUCGUCAAGCCGCCUGGAACGCUUGCAGAUAGAUUACACGUGGCCACCAGCACCGCCACGGCGUCCUUUGCACCGCCGCUCAAACCGACCGACACCAACCCGAGGCUCUUGUUUAGCGGGCACAUGUUCCUCCUCGUGUUCACGGAUGCGCUGGGGUCUGCAGGGAACUUGGCACUCAAGACACAAAUAAAAGGCGUGGGGGGCAGGUAUCGCGAGCUCAACACGACGGACCCUUGCAUUUUGCAGCCAAACGACAUGACCCGCAUCACGCACAUCGUGUUGGCGCACGGGUGCGACCUUCCGGACGGCAUGUUGCCAUCGCUGUGCGCAUCGAUGCCGCGCGCCAAGCUCGUGACGGAGCUGUGGCUCCACUGCUGUCUGCAGGACGGCGUGAUCUACCCCCGGCGCAAGCAUGAACUGUUCGUGUGUUCCCCGAACACUCAUGCCAGUGUGCUCCCCACGCUGCCAUUAGCUUGCUUUGGGCGCAUGCACGCGUGCAUUUCCAUGUUUAUGGGCGUUGAGCGCUCCGUGCUCACGUGUCUACUUCGACUUUGCGGGGCGACAUUGACGUCCAAGUUUUCCAAGCGCAACACCCACCUCGUGUGUCGGGUUCCGGACGGGCCCAAGUACAUCAAAGCCGUCGAGUGGAAGGUGCCGGUGGUGGACGCCAACUGGCUCGUCACGAGUGCAAGUGCAGCCAUGUUUCAACCGUACCCCACACUCGUCCAGCCGCGGCGGGGAGACGCGCCCGACCUGUCCAAGAAGCGGAAGAGUCUCGACUCGAUUCGCAAUGAGGACGAAACGGGACUUCCAAGCGCAGCCAAAAUGUCGCAAGUUGUGGGCGCAACCAAGGGAGGUCUCUCUCAAGACGACGGUCAAGAGCACUGCCCCGUGAAACCACCUGAGCGCGAAAACCAUGAACGUGGCGCGCUCACGCAACUGGAGCACCUGCUCGGGGACAUGGGCGGCGAUGAAUCGUGUUCGAUGGAUUACCCAUACGACGUACUGUUGUUGAUACAAAUAUCGUUCCAGCGAAGCCAGCCCAGAGUCCACCGACCAAAAGGCAGGACAAACCCUUUUUCCAAGACUCGCAAGCCGCGGCCCCGCAUUCCGAGAUGGUCCAGUAUGAAGAAGCAUAAUGCGGCUGCACACUCGUGGAAAUCGCCGCUUGAGGUGUUGUUGCACGGUACAACCCAACUUGGGGCGACACCAUCAUGAUGGGAAUGGUCUUGUUGAUUGGCUUGGACGGGAGGACCAGGUGCAGGGCCGAAGAACGCUCGGGAUGCAGGGAAGAAGAUGUUGCGGGUCCAAAGACCACGAGGGAUAGAGGAAUAACAAUACUUCUUACACGUGGGUUAUAGCGACGCCAUUUCUGGGAA